GGUUGAUUUUGUGCAAAAAUACAUUAAUAAUUUCUGUAUUCAAAGCUAUAUUUAAGGAAUAGAGUAACAUCGGGUUUUUAUUUCGAAUCCUGAGUCAAUAAGAAAUGGUGAUAAUAAACAGUAUUUCGACGAUAACUGUACGUAAUAUGUUUUGGCUAACGAUAUUAAUGGUGUUCUCAAUGGGAAAAACCGCUUUAUCUGAAGCGAAUGAAGAGAAAUAUAUGACUCUCUCAGUGAAUGGAUCGAUGAUGGAAAAAUCGCUACGACCAAAUCAUUUUGAUAAUUCUGCGUGUUCGGGUUUUAUAGAGUACAUUAGAUUGGACCAAGACACGAUUGGGCAGAGCGUGGUUUUAAAAUUUAAGGACAAACCUAAAGAGUUCUUCACACGAGUAAUUCCACUCUUUGAUGCCUUGUUUGAUAUUUUUCUUCAAGGUAUGGAUAUUCAAUUGAUCACCAAUAGUUGUGAAGAGGGUAAUGAUCAUGGCUUUGCCGCUUUCCAAAUUCUUAAUAUGUAUGACCAAUGAUGUAUGAAGCAACUGUCGAGCAAUUGCAAUUCAAAAAUAAAAUUAAAAUAAAAAAAAACUACAUAUGUUGACUGAAUUGAAACUGAACAAUUAAUUGCCAAAAAGCAAUCAAACAAA